AUGCCUCGGCAUGUCAGUGCACGGGCAAAGUGUCCUGGCAUAUGUUUCUUGUGCUUGGCUGGAAAGGAGGGUGACACAGAAGCGGAAAGCACCCCGUUUGAAGAAAUGCAUGCUGGGGCAAAGUGGAAGGCUACAAUCAUGCAGGAAGCCCCUUGGACAGACCUUCCCCAUGUCAUGCAAGGGUUGCCUUGGGUGCCUGGGGAGGAAGCCUCCUUCCUGAAAACAGAUCUGUGGCAUAAUUGGCACAACGGAAUAGGAAAAAUCUGGUUGGCCUGCAGUUUUGUGAUGCUGGCUACCCUGAAUGUUUUGCAGGGUGGUAGUGUGGACAGCAAGUUUGAAGAGCUGACCGGCGAAUUCCUUUCAUGGGCCCAGCGUGCGGGAAUUUCACCUUACUUGAGGCAACUCAAUCGAGACACUUUCUCAUUCCAGACCAACAACUCAGAUCCACAAGGUUCUUGGUCAAAAGCUGCUGCCACAACGCAGUUGAUGCUGUUUCUUUCGUCAUUCUGCGAUGAUCGAGUUGAAGGUCGAACAGCUGACCCACUUCUGACGGCCAUCGCGAAAGGGACCAAACUCAUGAACAUCAUCUUAUCCGUGCUGUAUGGGGAAGGGUAUUGGAUCCCUCCUUCGAGAGCCAAACAGUUGGGCCUCAUGCUUCGCAACUUCUUGAUGAUCUACCAGGAAUGCGCCUACGAGUGCUUGCAAAGAAGACUAAAUAGGUUCAUCCUGGUACCCAAGAUCCACAUGAUGGCACACCCAGCUGAAGAGCUCAUUCGUGAUGGUGAGCGAG